AACUAUAAUAAGAUUCAAAAUAUGCCUAUUUUAAUUACAUCGAUAUGUGGAAAUUACCUCUAAUGAGCAUCGUUGAGCUUGAAUACAAAUUUCUAUUGUGAAUACGCACAUGGAGCUACAGCUUAUUUAUAAAACUGGCAGCAACGUUAUGGAAGAUAAAUCGCAAAUGCAAAAACAACCACAGAUGCAGCAGCAUAAAGAACCACAGCUGCACCACCAGCAGCAACAAAAAAUGCAAGCAGACCAACAAUCACAAGAUAUCAAUAUUAAUGAGUCGACGGCAGAUGAAACUUCACACAUGUCCAUUCAAGAAGGAUGUGAGCAAGUUGGUAUUGAGGCUAACGCUGGCGUUGACGCCGCCGUCUAUGCUGACGCUGAAGUCGAAGCGGAAGCGGAAGCGGAAGCGAAAGUAGAAGCGCAAGAGUAUUUGAAUUAUGAGCAGCAAGACCAACGUCACCACAACCACAACCGUUCGCACCGGCAGUAUACCUCCAAGAAGAGUGUUUCCUUCAAGACCUUAGUCGAUAUCUUUCAACUAAGCGACGCUUGGCAAUUGCAUGUGAAAAAGAGUAGCUUGAAAACGGAAGAGGAUCAAGCCAAACGUCGCAUUUUGCAGCGCAACUACUAAGCACCUACCA